CAUGAAAUUUAUGUUUCUUUUAUUGCUUUUUCUCAACCAAUCACAGGCUCGGGUUUUAUUGACACUCGACUGCACGCAUUGUUGUAUUGACGCGCCACAUAAUGUUUUCAACAUCUUGUUUCUAAUAGAAAGAUGGAAGAAAAUUUAGAGAAUGAACAUUUCGAUUACAUUGUACUUGGUACUGGCUUGAUAGAGUCCAUAUUAGCCGGUUCACUUUCACGAAGUGGUAAAAAAGUACUUCAUUUAGAUAGCCAUCAAAACUAUGGUGGCAAUUGGGUAGUAUUCGGUUUCCGAGAAUUAGUUCAAUGGUGCUUGGAUCAAGCUCAAGAGACAACCCGACCUUGCAUAGAGGAGAACAAAAUAGAUUACGAAAAUAGUUAUGCCUCCAAUUUCCGUCAUGUCGAACUACACAUUCAUGCUGAACAGCCAGUUGAGGAUGAAACAAUGUCUCUCCAGCCCUCUUCAAGUUCAGAUCAAUCGCUUUUUGAUGCUUUUUUCAAAGAUCAGCCUAACAACAUAGGCAAGAAACAGCUUUUUAUUGACUUGUUAAAGCAUUCUCGUUUGUACAAUUUGGAUUCAACACCUAAACUGCUAGGUUCUCGAGAGGAUCUCGUGGAGGCGUUGGUUCGUAGUGGCGUUGGACGCUAUCUUGAAUUCAAAAAUGUAGACGAUAUCUAUAUUUUUGACAAGGCAAAAAAAGCAUUAGAGAAAGUGCCAAGUUCAAAAGAAGACGUCUUUACUAACAAAUCAGUUACCUUGGUUGAAAAGAGAAAACUGAUGAAGUUUUUGACGUUUGCAAUGGAGUCAAACGAGCAGGAUCCUUUGUUAGAAGGCACAGAGCAAAUGUCUUUUGCUCAAUUCUUGCAGGAUAAGUUCAAGAUGAGCGAUAAGUUACAAGAAGCGAUUGUUUAUGCCAUUGCCCUUGUGGAUCAAAUUGCCUCUGUCAAAGUGGGUUUACAGACCACACAAGCGUUUGUUAAAGCAAUGGGUCGGUUUGGCAAAGGAGCCUAUUUGUGUCCGCUGUAUGGUGGUGCUAGUGAGAUUGCACAAGCAUUCUGUAGAAUGUGUGCAGUUUAUGGUGGUAUUUAUAUGCUUAACCAGCCCCUUGAUCACUAUUUAAUGGAAGAAGGCAAAUGCGUUGGUGUAACUACUACAGAUGGAAAGCAAUUCAAAUGUGACAAACUUAUUGCUGAUAUUGACUACUUAAGCCCCUCUUGGUUGCCACAAGAACAAGCGUUAGGGACAUGGAUCUCAAGAGCCAUGAUUGUCACAAGUAAAGAUGUGCCUACAUCCAUUGGUUAUAGCGUAUUCCCACCUGGUGUAUGUGGUAACUCAGAGCCCAUCUAUGGUAUUCACCAGAAUGAAGAGAGCAUGGCUUGUCAAAAAGGACAAUAUGUAACCUAUCUUUGGACUACCUCAAAGGAACCUUUUGUCCUUAAAGAAGCUGCUGAUUUACUUACCAAGGACACUAUAUUCACUGUGUUUUAUGAGCAGUAUGUACGCAAUGCUCCUGAAAUGACUGAAUUACCUGCCAAUGUGAUACCAUGCAGUGAUCCUGAUGUAACUUUGGAUUUCCAAUCUGCUGUUACCGAAGCAAAAAGUUUAUUUUAUCAAUGUGUAGACACAAGUGUAGAAUUUAUGCCUGCAGCAGAAGAGCAGGAAGAUGAUGAUAUUUUAUAAUAAAAGAAACUAAUUCACAAGAAAGAACAUAUACACCAUUUGAAGAGCAGCAAUUGUGAGUAAGAACCACAAACGUCUUUUACGUUGAGGGUUCAUGGUAGAAGGACCAGCGGCUGCAUCAGGUAAAAUAACAUAUCGCAUUGAGCGAAGCUACCAAA